AUUGGAAAGACGUCGUUUCCCGCAGCUCCUGUCCGCUCCUGGCAGGGCUCUCUCCCUGCGGUUGCUGUGCGAACUGGCCCGAGAGGCCGGGCCGGGGCUGCGGGAGCCCUGCUGCGGCCGGGCAGCGCCAGCCCCGCCGGGACGGAGGGAACGGGGAACAGCCCGUCCCAACUCACCUGGGAGCAGGGAUUUUUGGCAGCGCAGGGCAGCCCACAUCCCCGGUGCAGCGGAUCUGUCCCGGGGCCUGGCGCUGCUCCGCGAGGCUGAGCUGUAGCAUGCAGGCAGAGGAGGGCACAGACUGGCUGCUGGAGCUGCUCACCGAGCUGCAGCUGCAGCAGUACUUCCUGCGCAUCCGAGACGAGCUCAACGUCACACGCCUCUCCCACUUCGAGUACGUCAAAAAUGAGGAUCUGGAGAAGAUCGGCAUGGGACGCCCCGGCCAGCGGCGGCUGUGGGAGGCAGUGAAACGGAGGAAAGCCAUGUGCAAGCGGAAAUCCUGGAUGAGCAAGGUGUUCAGUGGGAAGCGCCCAGAGUCGGAGCUGCCGCCCCAGCCCCAGAGUACCUUCCGCAAGCCUCCCACACCACCACCCCCUGAAGCUGGGGGCCAACACUCCCUCACGUGCCUUGUGCGGGAGCGGGACCUCUCAAUCUUUGAGAAGCUGGGCGACGGCUCCUUUGGUGUUGUGCGUCGUGGCGAGUGGUGCACACCUGCUGGCAAGACGCUGAAUGUGGCAGUGAAGUGCCUCAAGACCGAUGUGCUGAGCCAGCCGGAGGCACUGGACGACUUCAUCCGGGAGGUGAAUGCCAUGCACUCCCUGGACCACAGGAACCUCAUCCGCCUCUAUGGCGUGGUGCUGUCCCACCCCAUGAAGAUGGUGACAGAGCUGGCCCCGCUGGGCUCCCUCCUGGACCGCCUGCGGAAGAACCAGGGCCAUUUCCUCAUCUCCACCCUGUGCCAGUAUGCCAUCCAAGUGGCCAAGGGCAUGGCCUACCUGGAGUCCAAGCGCUUCAUCCACCGCGACCUGGCUGCCCGCAACAUCCUCCUGGCCUCCAAUGACCUCGUCAAGAUUGGGGACUUUGGACUGAUGCGGGCACUGCCCAAAAAUGAUGAUCACUACGUGAUGCAGGAGCAUCGCAAGGUCCCCUUUGCCUGGUGUGCUCCUGAGAGCCUGAAGACACGCACCUUCUCCCAUGCCAGUGACACCUGGAUGUUCGGAGUGACCCUCUGGGAGAUGUUCACUUAUGGUCAGGAGCCUUGGAUUGGCCUCAAUGGCAGCCAGAUCCUACACAAGAUAGACAAGGAGGGUGAGCGGCUGCCACGGCCUGAGGACUGUCCCCAGGACAUCUACAACGUCAUGCUGCAGUGCUGGGCACACAAGCCUGAGGACCGACCCACCUUCGUGGCUUUGCGAGACUUCUUGGUGGAGGCUCAGCCCACCGAUAUGAGAGCGCUGCAGGACUUUGAGGAGCCAGACAAGCUGCACAUCCAGAUGAACGACAUCAUCACUGUCAUUGAGGGCAGGGCCGAGAAUUACUGGUGGCGGGGUCAGAAUAAACGGACCCUAAAAGUGGGCCAAUUUCCCCGAAACACGGUGACCUCGGUGGCAGGGCUGUCAGCCCACGACAUCAGCCAGCCGCUUAAAAACAGCUUCAUCCACACAGGCCAUGGAGACACCAACCCGCAGCACUGCUGGGGGUUUCCCGAUAAAAUUGAUGAGCUGUACCUGGGAAAUCCCAUGGACCCUCCUGACAUUUUAGGUGUGGACCCGAGUGCUGCCAGACCUACACAGCUUCCAGGGAGGGCUAAAAGGCAGCCUCCUCCACGCCCACCUCAGCCUACCGUCCUGCUCACCAAGCCUUGCUAUGACCCCGUUAGUGAGGAGGAGGAGGGUCUGCCAGGGGGUCUCCGGAAGCUCUGCCUGAAGAAGCCAGGCACAGGAAAGGGUCUGCGGCCUGUCAAGCCAUCAGCACGGGUACCGGGCACCAAGGUGGGCGAGCGGCAGCCCGGACGGCUGGCAAGCGAGGGGCCAGCAAGCAGCGAGGUGACCCUCAUUGACUUUGGGGAGGAAGUGCCCCAGGGUAGCCCCUCUCCAGUGGGGGAGCUGACAGCCCCAUCAUUAGCCAAGCUGGCCAUGGAGGCCUGCUCUUUGCUGGACAAGACCCCACCACAGAGCCCCACACGGGCUCUACCUCGGCCUCUCCACCCCACGCCAGUGGUGGACUGGGAUGCCCGGCCCUUGCCCCCACCGCCUGCCUAUGAUGACGUGGCACAGGAUGAGGACGAUAUUGAGGUCUGCUCUAUCACCAGCCCCCCGAGCCGACGGGGCAAGACCAACUAUGGAUUUGUGGAUGAGAGUGAGCGGGGACCGGUACUGGAAGACAACCUCUUCCUGCCCCCCAAGGAGACCAAACAGCCCAGCAUGACACAGACCACCGAGCUCUUCGAGGAGCUGCAGCAGGAGUGCAUGAAGAGGCUCAACGUCCCUUUGGGACCGGCUGCACCAGCUGAUGACAAGCCCCAGAUCCCUCCCCGUGUCCCAAUCCCGCCCCGGCCCCUUCGCCGCAAUGAGCCUGGGCGCUGGUCAGGGGACCUUUCCCCAGCUUCGGGGGGUGAGGAAGACCGGCCGCCCCAGAUCCCCCCACGGGACCCACUGUCCCAGCCCACCUCCCGGACACCCAGCCCCAUGGCUCUGCAGGUGGGCUCCCCCCAGCAACGUGCUGCCCUCUGCUCCUGCCUCUCCACCUCACCAGGGAAGCCCAUGCCCACCACACAGAGCUUCGCCCUCGACCCUAAGUACGCCACCCCCAAGGUCAUCCAGGCGCAGGGCAAGGACUCCUCCAAGGGACCCUGCAUCCUGCCCAUCGUGAAGGAUGGGCAGAAGGUCAGCAGUACCCACUACUACCUGCUGCCCGAGCGCCCUGCCUAUCUGGACAAGUAUGAGAAGUUUUUCAAGGAGGCUAAAAGCCCUGAGGAGGUGCCAGCGUCCCGCCAGGUCACCACAGCCACCGUCCGUCCCAUGGUGCAGCAGCCACUGCCAGACUGCAAGGCCAACUUUUCCUCCAACAACAGCAACCCUGGGCCCAAGUGCCUGGUGAAAGCCUCCUGCAGCCUCCAGAAGAUCGUUUACGAUGGGCCAGAUGUUUGCCGUUCUGCUGACAAGAUCCGUCUGGUGCAGGACACGGUGCAUGGUGUGACCACCGAGGAGUGUCAGGCAGCCCUGCAGAACCAUGGCUGGAGCAUCCAAAGGGCUGUCCAGUACCUGAAGGUGGAGCAGCUCUUCUGCCUGGGGCUGAAGUCCCGUGGUGAGUGCCAGCGAGUGCUGGAGAUGUUCGACUGGAACCUGGCACAGGCCAGCUCCCACCUCCUCGAUACCUACAGCGCCACCCGCCCGAAGUGGUGACAGCGGGGAUGGGGCGAGCUGUGUCAGAUCUGGAGGAGGCAUCUCACCAUGGGGCCAAUCCCGCCACCUCCACCCACACAACGUGCUGCAGGACUCUGGACUGAGCCCCCACUUGAGGGUGGAGACACCCCAAAAGGGACCCUGCCUAGCACCACAGACUUUCCAGGGUGCUUGUGCCCUGGCCUUGGCAAUGGGCUUCAUUCCCUGGCCCCUUGUUGAAUUGUUUUUGUAAAGAGAAAUGUAAUUUUAAUAUAUAUAUUAUGUAUAUAUAUAAAAAUAUUCUAUGGAGAGGAGGA